GCCCAUGGAGGAGGCGGGCUGGAGCUCGGACGCCGGCGGGGCGGUGUAUCGCUCCCGGGACCCCGUGCGGAACCUGCGCAUCCGGGUUCACAUCCAGCGGGUCACUUCCGCCAGCCUCCUCCUGCGGCAGCGGCAGCCGCCCGCCGGCCAGCGGGGCCAGGAGCUCGUCCGCUUGGCCACCUUCAGCUCCCAGCCGGCUGCAAGUGGCUAUUGUCCUGAUGAUGAAGAAGAGGCAGUAAUUGGCUGGCAAGAAAAACUGUUCAGCCAGUUUGAGGUGGAUCUGUACCAACAUGAGUCAGCCUGUCAGACCCCCUUGGACAGGCAGUACCACCAGGAAAUCCUGAAGCUGGAGAAGUCAGGAGGCCGGAAGAAUUACCGCAUCUUCACCUACACAGACCAUGACCGAUUCACCAACCUGGAGGAGCGCUGUCAGAAAGUUACCAGCUCAGAGCAGGAGGUGCCAUCCUUCCUGGCAGAGAGGAUGGCCAAUUUAAGGAGAAGACAGGACCGCAGACCAACGGAAGGAAGUGUUUUGAAGUCCCGCAUCAUCACCUGGAAGCCCUCAGAAGAAUUUAUUAAGAAUAACCACGUCAUCAACACCCCUGUUCAGACCAUGUAUAUCAUGGGAGACUUGGGACCAUAUGGGAUGCUCGGCCACAGAGAGUAUGAACACGUACUUUGCACAGUCAAGGUGGAUGGCAAUGGGGUGAUCACAGUGAAACCUGAUUUCACGAGCACUAAAGGUGCUUACAGGAUUGAGCUGGAUGGUGAGAAGCGGGAGCUCUGGAGGUACACCGUUGAAAAUGCCUCAGCCCAGGCGCAACGAGAGGAGGAGGAGCGGGAGCAACGCAUGUUCAGAGAUUUGUAUAGUCGGCACAAGGAAUAUCUCAACGGCCUUGUUGGCUCAGACUUUGAGAUGACUCUCCCUGGUGCACUUCGGCUGUUUGUGAAUGGAGAGAUAGUUUCAGCCCAGGGCUACGAGUAUGACCAUCUCUAUGUUCAUUUCUUCCUGGAGCUGCCCAGCCGUUGGUCGAGCCCAGCAUUCCAGCAGCGCUCUGGCGUGACGCAGACCUGUGCCACCAAGACCCUGGGCAGAGACAAUGUGGCAUACUUCUCCUACCCCUUUACUCUGGAGAUGUUUUUCACCCAAGAGGAUGAGUCAGAAGGCUCUCUCCCACAGUGGCCUGUGAUCUAUUUUGAGGUUCUCUCGCUGGAUUAUUGGCAGAGGUAUCGUGUUGAAGGUUAUGGCUCUGUGGUGCUGCCAGCAGCUCCAGGGUUCCACACCCUGACAGCCCCCACCUGGCGACCCACUGAGCUAGGGACGGUCUCUGAGCUGAGGAGGUUUUUCAUUGGUGGGUCCCCUGAACUGGAGGACAUGACCUACGUCAGAGUGCCAGGAAUCUUCAAGGGAAAGUGCCUGAGCCGCUUUGGUUUCCGCACAGAGACAACAGGGAGCGUCACAUUCCGGCUCCACUGCAUGCAGCAGUCCAAAGCCUUCCUGGAGUCUAGUGCCCUGAGGAAGCGCAUGCAGAGUGUGCUGGACCGGCUCGGGGGCUUCAGCCAGCAGAACUCCCUCUACAGUGUCCUGGAGGCAUUCCAGAGGGCGCGGCGCCGGAUGCAGGAAGCACGUGAGAGCCUCCCUCAGGACCUGAUCAGCACCUCUACCUCUGCCGUGCAGCAGCCAUGAGCAUUGGGCUCCCAGCGGCUCCACUGGCACUGGGCCUGGCUGGGCACAGCAGCCUCUCUUCUAAAAGCACCUUGUGCAGCAAGAGUUUCAGCUCCAGCCCCUUUAGGCUUUGCAAGUGCCUCCCACUGCAGUUGUCAGCGUCUCUAGAAUGCCCAGCCCCCAUACUCUCCUCUUGCAUCCCUACUGGCCCCAGUAAAGGGGCAUCUUCCCUUUGAGGUGAUGUCUGCCUCAGGAUCCCAUCUGGUGUUCCAAACUGGAGCCAGAGCCACUUCCCACCAAAAAGCUGGGUGUGCUCAGCACUGCCUGGUUCCCUGCAUGACAGGGUAACGAGUUGCUAGGCUGACCCUGGUGCUGAUGUCCAAGCACUGUUUUAGAGCACUUCAUACAUGUUUGGUCCGAGGUAAAGCUCUGGGUUUUAUUUGCUCACUUGGGGGUUCAGAGAGCCUCCCAAAGCCUGGGAGGAGCACUCAGGCCCUGGCUUUGGUAGCACCCUGUUUCCUCUGGGUAGUACCUAAGAGAAGUUUCAUAUAUCACCAAAGAUAGACACAAGCAAGCCCCUACCAUUCCUUUCCAGCAACCCCCAGGGUUUGGUACCAGCAAUCC